AAAUGAUUAAAAAAUCAUUAUUCUUUCUUUCAGUUGUUGGUUUUAACAUAGUUCUUGGUUGCAACAUCGACUUCAGACGAAGAAUCGAAGACAGAUUUUUGCAAGAAGGAGUUAGUCCUCAAGUAUUUGGAAGGAAGGUUGCGAGAGAGGAGAAUUCUUCAACGCAAACUUCUAGAUCUGGGGUAAAUCAAAGGCAUUCCUCUUCUUUCUCUACAUCAUCAAUACCUGCUGCAGAUUCACAUUUUCAAGCUUCAAAUAAAAACCCUGCAGCAAACCUAAAACCUCAAUCUAAUACUAAACUCUCCAAUCACUCUAAAACAAGUCCCAAAUUUCCACCCAAAAAUGUCAGAAACGAUCGUCAUAAACCCAAACCUCACAAACACCCUAAGGCUGAGAGUAAAUCCUAUGUUAAACAAUCGUCUUCUUCUGCAGAAGAAUCAAGAUUACAACGUGCAGAUUAUAUAUCAGCUCUCCCCAGCCAAUAUACUAGAGCGGCGUCACCAUCUUUAGCAACAAGAAACCAGUUAGAAUUUAUUGAUAAACCGGUUAAAGAAAAAACUAACCAAGCUAAGCCGCAGUACAUAUUUGAACCGUACACUCAGCACAUCAAACACCUGCAAAAACAACAACGAAAACCAUCUGUUGACCAGGAACAGUAUCAACAACCCGUAGAGGGGUCUAUUGCUCCUUAUGAAGAGAAAUAUGAUUAUUUUCCACAUAAUUACGAGACGAGUGUACAGGGGGGUGAGCAAUACACCCUGUAUGUACCGGAUCCAUUUGUUCCUGGACACCCUCAUGGAAAUGGAAAUUUUGGCUGGAUCCCUGUAGAGUAGGGUUUACUGAAUAAUUUUUUAUUUACAGUUAAUGUACAGAGUGCACAGAGUAUCCCCCUGAAACAUGACAGUUGGUGAAUAGUUUAAAAAUUGUCUUCUUCCACAAUUUGUUAAUUUGUUCGAUACCAAACAAAUUACAAGGCAGUCAUAUUAUAGUAAGAUUUAUUUCAAAAUAAAAUAGUUUUGAGUAAAAAAGUUUUUUAAGAAAUAAACUGCAAAAUCUCUUUAAUAUCCAAUACAGUUUAGGGAAGAAGACAUUUAAAACUGCCAUGUUUCAUCGGACACACUGUUUAUCAGGGUAAAUUAUUUCGAAACCAUGAUUUUGACAAAAAAAAAUUAUUGUUACUUUUCAACAUGUUUAUCAAAAUUUCAGGCUAUUUCAAUAACCAUGGGGAUAUGCUAUCUCAUUUGAACUACUUCCGUUUGAACUAUAGUUCGUUUGAACUACUGCACGUGGUACCACGUGA